GGACAUGCUAGAUGUGGCCUUCAGCUUGUAGUAAGGUUUAAAAAAAAGAACGUGAGAUGGCUGAGAUUUUUUACAACAAUAGGAGAGUUGAUGGUCGAAGGCCUAAUGAGUUAAGACGCGUGCAAUGCCAGUUUGGUGUUGGCAAUUCUGAUGGAAUUGUAUUCUUAAACCAGGGAAACACCAAAGUAAUUGCCUCAGUAGUUGGACCCCAUGCUCCUCGAACAAAAGGAGAUGGGAAUCCAGAUGCUGCGACUAUUAUAUGUCAAUUUACCAAGCCUCCAUUCGCCUCAACGUCUGGCGAACGCCGCAAACUCUCAUCAAGGGAUAGGUCAGCGAAUGACUACGCAACCGCUAUUGAGGAAAUAUUUUCAUGCGUUGUCAGAACUGAAAAGUAUCCAAUGUCGCAAAUAGAUGUUUUCCUUGAAAUUAUUCAAUCAGAUGGCUCCGAGUUUGCUUGUGCUGUAAAUGCAACUACUCUUGCUUUAACCGAUGCCGGUAUUGAAAUGCAUUAUCUCGUCACUGCAGCCACAGUUGGUUUGUGGGGUUCACAUGUAUUUGCUGACCUCUGUCGCUUCGAGGAAAAUCCACGUCUAUCUCAAUUAACCGUUGUUUGUCUUCCUGACCUUCAUCAGCGUUUUGAUGUAGAUUCAGACGACCCAACAAGCAAGCCGAAAAUCCAACCUCAAAUUCUUCAUACACGCCUUUCUUCUUGGUUACCGGUUGAGAAACUACAACCACUUAUCACAGAAGCUGUAGAAGUAGCUCAAACUCUCCACAAAGAAUUCUCAUAUUGGUUACGCGGUCGGGUCCGAAGUGGUCUUACGACCAGAUGAACGACUUUCUUGAGUGUUUUAUCUGCAUAAAUGUUUUCAUUCUUCAAGCCUUAUUUCAGUACAAUUUAUUUGCACGAAAUUUUGUGGUCAACCA